AUGUGUGGUCGGCAGAGCCUCCUCCCUCCUCUCGUCUUCUUCCUUCCUCUGCUCUGCAAUCUCUUCUUCUCCACGGCGGCCGCUGCCGUCCUAAAGCCCGGCGAGCAACUCAGGGAAAACGAAACUCUCCUCUCUGCCGGCGGCAGCUUCCAGCUCGGCUUCUUCCCCGCGGGCGGCGGUAGUAGGCGGUACCUGGGCAUAUGGUACGCUAACAUCCCCGAGAGGACGAUCGUCUGGGUCGCCAACAGAGAAAGCCCUAUCACCACGUUUCCCGGAGCCCUCAGCGUAAGCACCGAAGGAAAGCUUUCCCUGUCUGGCGGUGAUGGUGCAGUCAUCUGGUCUUCCUCCUCGGGUUCGCCCGGCGCCGUUGCCGAGCUCCUUGAAACAGGAAACCUCGUCUUGAAGGCGGAGGCCGAGAAGGAUGAGGAGAAAUUCUUCUGGCAGAGCUUCGAUUACCCCACUGAUACUCUCCUGCCAGGGAUGAAGCUCGGGUGGAAUCUAAAGACGAGAUUGGAUCGGUACCUCCUCUCCUGGAAGGGACCUGACGACCCGUCACCGGGGGACUUCUCCUUCAGGAUGAACAUCCACGGAUCGCCGCAGAUGUUCCUCAUGAACCAGACGGCGAAGUUGUACAGGAGUGGCCCAUGGAACGGGGUCCGCCUCAGCGGCGUGCCGGAGAUGAAGUCUAACGAUAUCUUCACCUUCCGAUUUGUAGCCAAUAGUGAGGAGGUCUACUACACCUAUGAGCUGGUUAAAAAGGAGCUGGUGUCGAGGCUGGUGGUGACCACUUACGGCCAGCUCCAUCGCUUCGUGCUGCUGGAAAAACGGUGGAACAACUACUGGCAUGCGCCCAAGGACCAGUGCGACAGCUACAGCUUCUGCGGCCCUUACGGCGUCUGCGACUCCAACAGAUCCCCCGUCUGCAGCUGCUUAGCUGGAUUCAAGCCGAAGUCGCCGACGGACUGGGCCCUCAGGGAUGGCACAGACGGGUGUGAGAGGGAGAUCCCUCUGGAAUGCGGGACUGGCGAAGGGUUCGUCCCCAUGUCCGGGAUGAAACUGCCGGACGCGUGGCAGGCGGUCAUGUACAAGAACAUGAGCAUAGAGGAGUGCGAGCAGGCCUGCCUGAGGAACUGCUCCUGCGCCGCCUACACCGCCGCCGACAUCAGAGACGGAAGCGGGUGCAUCAUGUGGGUCGGUGAGCUCACCGAUCUCAGACACUAUUUGGAGGACGGCCAGGAUGUGUACAUGAGGACGCCUGCUUCUCUCCUUGGUGAGUACAGCUUACAUCAGACCCAUAUUUGCUCUCUCGUUGAGAAUUUUCCUUUGCGUAGAUCCAAAUUUACGGCAUCGAAGAAGAAACUUUCUUCUUGCCCGAUUUUUAUCAUCCCCUAG